AUGGCUCGCCGGCGAAGCUGCGCCAAGGCCUCGUCGCCGACCAAGCCCCCGAGCACGCCGGCUCCCGAAGAGGCCGCCGCCGCCUCCUCUGAGAACCCCGUCGUCCUCCUCCGCCGCCGCUGGGAACUCGCCUCCGUGCUAAACUUCCUCAGGGUGUUUGAGCCGGUGAUCGAGGCGGACUUGCGGCUCUCCGCGGAUGAGAUCGAAAUGGCCCUCGCGUCCAACAACCGCUACCUAGCUCGCAUCCACAUUACCCUUUUGAAGGUGGAGAUGAUGAUGUCCAAAGAACGUGCUAUACUUGGCCAACGUGAACCACGCCAACAUGAGCGGCUUGGCCAACGUGCGGUGCAAUUGUUGGCCAUUUGUGCAAACUUCCCUAUCUGCGAAAUCUACGGCUAUGACUGGCACCAAGGUCGGUGCAUCUACGUGCAGCGCGAGGGGGAAGUACAAGAGGAGAAGUUAUCCAGAAAGGGUCAUGCUGAAUCUGCUAUCGCAGAGCAUCUUAAGACUGAAAUUGUUCCAGCUGUGGAGAAGUUUCAAAAGAAAAAAGAGAGGCUUUUAAAACGUCAGGAGAAGGACAAAGUUUUAGCUUUUGCUAACACUUUCCAAACCCGUUCAUUGCGUGAAUGUAGGCCUGUCAGCUACAAUUUCUCUGAUUAUGAUCGUUCUAUUGAGGAGGCGAUAAGAGCUGUACAGAAAGAAAAAGAACAAGAUUCACAUGAGGCAGGAACAAAAGAGAAACGUGCUUCACAUCAUGGAGACAGAUCUGACAUCAGUUCUGAAAACAACAAAAAUGGAGGACAGGAGGAUGCCAAGUAUCUAAGUGACCUGAGCUCUGGUGAUGAGGAAGACAGAGACUAUAAUGACAGGGAUGCCAGCUCUGCUGACAAUGACGGAGAAAAUAAUGCUUCUGAUUCCUACAAGAGCGACAUGGAAGAGGAGGAUGUGUUUGUACCGCGCAAGAGAACCUGUCUUGCUGCCCGUUUGGCAAAUGACAAGCCUCGGCCAGGGCUCCGUCGGAGUCAGAAACAUGAAGAAUGA